AUGCAAUCUGCCUGCCGGGGAAUCAUCCGUCUCAAUGCUGCUCGGACGGCAGCGACGGCCAGCUCCCGGAUCGGCGGGAACCAGCGAAUAGCUACCAGCCUCCACGCAAACGCAAGCACACACCGUGUCUCAGCACUCCCCGUGGUGCACCGGCCGAUUGUGCUGCGGAGCGAGUUCUCGACGCUGGGCGGGCGGUGGGCGGACAAGGACAAGCCGAAGAAGAAGGAUGACGACGACGACACAAAGUCCGAGAAGGAGUCCAAGGGCGAAGAAUCAUCCACCAAGGAGGACAAGGAGGACAAGGAAGACAAGGAGGAUAAGGACUCCGACGACAAGAAGAAGGAGGAGGAAGCCCCCCCACCACCGCCUCCACACGGCGACAAAUCGCCCUUCGCCGUCUUCUACGAGACGCUGCAGACCGAGUUCAAAAAGUCGCAAGAGUGGCAAGAGUCGACCAAGCAGCUAGGAGAGUCCGCGCAGCAGUUCAGCGAGUCUCCGGCGGUCCAGAAGGCGCGCCAGGCAUACGGGAGCACCGCGGAGGUUGCGGGCAAGGUUGGUGAGAAGACGGCAAAAACGCUGGGAAAGACGGCGGUUGCAAUUGGGAAGGGUGCGGCGUGGACGUGGGAGACGCCGGUGGUGAAGGCGGGAAGGGCUGCGGCGCGCGCCACGGGAGAGGGCGUGGCGGCGGUGACGAAGCCGGUGAGGGACACGAAGGUAUAUAAGGAUAUCAAGCAGAAUGUGGAGGAGGUCAUUGAUGAUGGCGCCAGUUCCCGGUACGGUGGGUACCUGGAGCGUGAGGAGCGGAAGAAGCAGCGUGAGCUGCGGGAACUGAAGGGCGGUGUCAAGAGGGCCGAGAAGAUGGAAGAAGACCCCGAAGCCGGCACAAACGUCACUCUCCACAAAGACGCCGCCUGGAAAGAAUCCUGGCGCGAGUUCCGCGACAGCAACAAACUGAUGCAAUCCCUCUUCUCGGUGAAGCGCACCUACGAGGAAUCCGAGAACCCCGUCAUCUCCGUGACCCGCAACAUCGCCGACCGCUUCGCCGGCUUCUUUGCCGAAAACGAGACCGCCCAGGUAAUCCGCAAGUUCCGCGAAAUGGACCCCAACUUCCAGCUCGAGCCCUUCCUGCGCGAGUUGCGCGAAUACAUCCUCCCAGAGGUGCUCGACGCCUACCUCAAGGGCGAGAGCGAGGUCCUCAAAGCCUGGCUCAGCGCCGCGCAGUUCAAUGUGUAUGCGGCGCUGAACCAGCAGUACACGGUGAAUGGGCUGAAGCUGGAUGGGAAGGUGCUGGAUAUCAGGAAUGUGGAUAUCCUCUCUGCGCGUAUCCUAGACCCCGGAGAGGUGCCAGUGUUUAUUGUGUCGUGUAGGACGCAGGAGGUGCAUGUUUUCCGCGACCUGAAGACGAGCGAGUUGAGGGCCGGCAUGGAGGAUAAGGUGCAGCAGGUUACCUAUGCAAUUGGCAUCACGAGGCUACCGGAUGAGGUGGCCAACCCGGAGACCAAUGGGUGGAGACUGAUUGAGCUGCAGAAGAGCGCGAGGGACUUUAUUUAA